UAGUGUGCGGUGACAGACAACCAUCGCUGAGCCACCAACCCAGCCAAACUAUGGAGGAGAUUAACAACAUUGAAGUCGUUCCGUGCACAGAGUCCGACUAUUUGAAACCGUUCAGGGUGCACUAUAACCAGAAUGGCACAAAGAAAUCCUGGGACUUCAUGCGAACCCAUGACAGUGUAUCAGUGCUGAUCUUCAACACCACCUCACACUGUUUUGUCCUUGUCAAGCAGUUCCGUCCAGCCGUAUACAUGAAUGAGUGGGAAAAGACCAAGACGCAGCAGCCUCAGUCGGCUGAGAAAACCGAGGAGGGUGCUGCCGAAGCCGCAGCCCCCGAGUCUCAGGAGGGCCAGUCGGCCUCGGAGGGGGAGAGCUCUUCUCAGUGGCCCCCGGCCUCAGCGGGGGUCACCUAUGAGCUCUGUGCUGGGCUGGUGGACAAACCCAACCUCUCCCUGGAGGAGAUCGCCCGGCAGGAGGUGCUGGAGGAGUGUGGCUACGACGUGCCUGCCUCUAAGCUGAAGAGGAUUACUUCUUACAGGUCAGGUGUAGGUGUAACGGGUGCCAAGCAGACCAUGUUUUACGCUGAGGUGUCCGAUGACAACUGCGUGAGCGCAGGUGGAGGUGAGCCCCGGGAGGGAGAGCUUAUCGAGGUGGUCAAAGUCCCGCUGCACGAGGCCAUGACGUUCGCCUACAACGAGCGUAUACAAAAAACCAUGGGCGUCAUUUUUAGCUUCAUCUGGUUCCAUAAUAACAUGUCUCCCAAGUACAAGAUCUCCACUAAUGUGUAACUAGUAUUAACCAACCCGCUUUCUACCAUUUAUUCCAAAUUAAAUCAAACACUGGCCCAGCACUUCCUCUCUUCCCCUUCUGGCUCUUCAUCCUGUGUUGCCUUUUUUGCUUAUUGGUACAUGAUGAAGGGUGGGCCCCUUGUCUUGUUGCCAGCAGGUAUCUUUAAGUUUUGUCCUGUCUACCUUUUUAAAUUUUAUGUGGUCUUAAUAUUUUUCCUAAAAAAAAAAAACAAAACAAACUUGCCAUAGCUGUUUGCCACUGGCACUUUGUUUCAUUUACUGUGCCAUCUGUUACAAAUGGCUGGAUAUCACUGAUUUCAUUUGCCUGCCCUUGAUUUAAAGGAAUGCUCCACUGGUUUUUGUUGUGGAUGUCGAAUGUUACUUUCAGGAUAUGUUACUGAUUUAAAAAAAAAAAACAUUUCCCUUUCCUCAAACUUGUUUUAACUAUUCCUGCAAAACCCACUGUUCACUGCAAACUCUGUGUUUUAUGCUGCGUUCAUGUCACAUCGGAGUUAUCGUUAUUACAAGUUUCCGACUUGUAAUUACAAUAGGUAACCAAACCAAACAAAUAUGCCUCACACAAUUUUAGUCCAUGGAUUUGAUCUUAUAUUGUCAGCCCACUAUAUUUUUAAGUCUCAGAAAGCCAGCUCUGUCGUCGUACAACAGUCUUGAUGUCAUGAACAUAAGUUGCUUACAUGGAAAUCUUUCCCUUCUCUACCAAUCCAUCCCAUAUGACGUGAACUCAGCAUUAAACCACGAUGCUAACCAGCCAUAUACCCCUGGUUAGCUCGGGUUUGCUAACAUUUUAAUGUGCUAGCAUUUGCAUUGGAGCCAUAUUCAUGCAAACCUUUAUAUUGCAUCUAAUGUAAUAACAAGACACAGCAGAUGAGCAGUGGCUACUUUUUGCAAAUGUUCACUAAUGACAUAGAGGCAAGGCAAAUAAAAUAAGAUAGAAUAAAAACAGUGGAGUAUUCCUUUAAGCCAUGAUCCAGUAAUGCAAAAACUAUGCUAGUCAAUUGUGGGGCCUUGUAACUACGCAGGUGUUAGGUGUGUUUUAACCACCAAUUGUUCAGGCAUGCCUCAAUUAAUUUCUCUGAUCCACAGCCUUUAAGCAAUACUUAUCACAGUACCCCGGGCUAAACAAUCACUCAGUGUCGCUGAACUCAACUCUCACUCUGUUGGAAAUCCUUCAUCAAGUCAAACCAGUCGACAUAUUUGCAGACUUUAUUCACUGCACAGAAGGAAAAAAAAAAAAAGCAUACACCUACCUCUGCACCGAGGGCCUAAUUUCUGUUUUCAGUGUGUCAUUGUACUCAAGCACAAUCCUGAUUUGAAGCAUACUGUACUAGAUUAGUAGAAGAUGUAACACACUGAAAUCCACUUCAAAUGACAUCCUCACGUUUAGUUAGGACUUCAAAAAGCUGUAGUGGAUUUACAGUUUGUUUUCAGAACCAGAUGUUUUGUCUCUAAAAUGUCAGUGAACAACCUGAAAUCCUUUUGACAUAGAGUUUUUAUUGACAUAGAGGAAUUUCUUUUUAGCCUCUAUUGCAUAUUCUUCUUUCUGAGAUAAAGACAAACUGCAAAAUACAGCAAGUCUUCAAAGGUCAAAUCCUCUAUUUAUUUAUUUUUUUUUAAAUCAUUUUCAUUACAAGUAAGUCAUUUCUAGGGAGUUAAUUAUAUCCCUGGCAUGUUAAAGGUUACAUUUUGAACACAAUGCAGGUUUAGGAGCAUGUCUGGAAGGAGUUCAACCAUCUAACAGAUUGCCUUUAAUCAUAAUUCAUUUGGGAAGGUCCAGUGUAAAACGCAAAGUUAAUCUCAACAGCAGUUUGCCAAAAUCUCAGGUCCAAAAUCAUCAAACCUUUGGUCAUAUUCAGGGAAAAUCUCUGAAUGUGAUGAUGACCAGCAUGUCACUAUUAUAGUAUUAUAUCUCAAAAUCACUUGCAGCUUAUAGGCAACAAAGUUCUUACUCUUCUUACUAUAGUAUAUGUUAGUAUU